CCACGUUGCUGCGUGUGUUUUGAGGUGUGUUUGCUCUCCUCCAAAAAAAAAAACACCCACUCCUCUCCACUACACACUGAUUGACGAUCGAUCGAUGAUGAUGAUGAUCAAGUCUGCUGUUGUGUUCGCUGGUGUUGUUGGCGUGUUGGCGUGCGUGUUGUUGGCCCAGCCGGCUGCCGCCUUCCACCGCCGCAUCUAUGGGGUCCACGAGAACAUGCACGCUGCGCCAGGUGCUGAUGUUGGCGAGCCCCUGCUUGUCAGCAACGUCAGGGAGCGCUACGGCGUCGAGGCUGCCCAGGGUGCGGCCAAGGUGAACGGUAUUGGCAACUACACCUCAUAUGCUGGCUUCUACACCGUCAACAAGACAACGGACAACAACCUCUUUGUCUGGUACUUCCCAUCCCAGGACAACAACCCAGAUGCGCCCCUUCUCAUCUGGCUCCAGGGUGGCCCUGGUGGUGCCAGCACCUUUGGCCUCUUCUCCGAGAUUGGGCCAUUCCAUGUUGAUGAGAACAUGAAGCUGCAUGAGCGCGACACGACAUGGAACUCCAACUACUCCCUCCUCUUCAUCGACAACCCCGUUGGCGCUGGUUACAGCUACACUGGCACCGGCAAGGGCUAUGCCACCAACACGCGCGAGGAUGUUGCGCGCGACCUGUACGCGUGCCUCACAGAGUUCUACGCCACGUUCCCGGACCAGGCCAAGGUCGACCUCUACCUCACCGGCGAGAGCUUUGCCGGGCACUACAUUCCUGCGUUUGCUGCGUACAUUCACCGCAAGAACGCCGCCAGCAGCGACGCGUCGAAGAUCCCGCUCAAGGGCGUCUCCAUUGGCGAUGGAUGGACGGAUCCCGUUGUGCAAAUGCAGGCCAUCCCCGGCCUGAUGUUCAACCUCGGGCUCGCCGACCACAACCAGCGCGACGUCCUUCAGCAGUACACCGACCAGACCGUCAAGGCAAUCAACAACGGCAACUACACGCUGGCCUUUGACAUCUGGGACGAGAUGCUGAACGGCGAUGUGUACAAGUACCCGACCUACUUCUACAACCUCACCGGCACCCUCGACUACGACAACUUUCUGCGCACCAUCUCCCCCGCCUCUUUUGGCUAUUACUCCAAGUUCAUCUCCCAGGACUGGGUGCGCAAGGCCAUCCACGUUGGCAAUGCCACGCUCAACAGCGGUCUUGAGUGCGAACUGCACCUCAUCCCAGACGUUAUGGUCUCGUACAAGCCAGAGCUCGCCCUCGUCAUGGACAACUACAAGGUGCUGAUGUACAACGGCCAGCUUGAUCUCAUCGUUGGCGUUCCACUGACGGAACGCUACCUCCCCACCAUUCCAUGGUCUGGCGCGAAGAAGUUCAACAGCGCCGACCGCGUCGUGUGGAAGGUCAAGAAGUCCGACACGGAGGUUGCAGGCUACGUCCGCGCCGCCCAGGACUUCCGCUAUGUUGUCGUGCGCGUCGCCGGCCACAUUGCGCCAUACGACCAGGGUCGCGCCGUGAAGGACAUGGUCACUCGCUUCAUCGAGGACAAGCCUUUCUGAGCUGCCACCGCGCCCCACCAACCACUCGCACACCCUCAACCACCACCACCACCACCAUGUGCUUGAUGAAUGUGUUGUAUGUCGUGACUUUUGUGCUUUAUGGAACGUGUGUGCGUCACAUCGCAACAACUGCAUCACUGCAUCACUGCAUCACGCAUCAUGCAUCAUGUCACACGUCUGGCAUCCAUCUCAACAACAAUCACACCCAACACAAGCGCAGGAACGAAUGAAAGCAUGAGUGAAAGUCAGCAAGCAAACACACAGA